AUGAAUGUACUUUGCUCAAGUGCGAACAAUUACAGUUUUGUCUCCAAGAAAUUCAAAAAUUUUCACGAUGACUAUCAACUUAUUCAAAAGCAAAACAAAGAUGCAUUCAAAGACUGCAAGCCGAAAUCCUUCGAUCAUGAUAUAAUAUCGAACGGAAGGAAGUUUUCGCCCCUGACUGUGAAGACGAAAGCAGAUAGCGAGGAUUAUGGAACAUUUCAAUCAGGAAAAUCGUCCACUCACACCAGGACAGGACCGACGAACAGACUAGCAACGCGAGAAACAAAUCAGCGCCAUGAUGAAUCGAGUCCAAAUUCACCACAUUACAACGAUCGAGUUCCAGAGCUGGAAAACGAAAGAAUCAUAAUAAAUGUCUCCGGUUUGCGGAGACCUGUAAAUGUGCCUAUCGACGUUUUCACGGAAGAGAUCAAAUUUUAUGACCUUGGCGAGUCAGCAAUGGAAAAGUAUAAAGAAGACGAAGGAUACAUCAAAGAAGAAGCAAAGCCUCUGCCGGUGCAAAAACUGCAGAGGCAGCUUUGGCUCUUAUUCGAAUAUCCAGAGUCUUCUUUAUGGGCUCGUAUCAUUGCUGUAAUAUCUGUCUCCGUGAUUCUGCUCUCGAUAGUAUCCUUUUGUCUUGAAACGCUGCCCGACUUCUCCGCCACGAUCAACCAGUACGAGUGUCGCGAUAUCAACAACUCUGUAGUCAACAUGGAGAAAGUACCAGAACCCCCAAAAUGCUGUUGCUGUUGCGGGGAAGACAAGGGCGACGGAGAUAAUUGUGGCACUUCUGGCAAAGAAUCAAGUCGCGUCACGAGAGAGGCGGCCGUAGAAAAAACUAUUUCAAACCUCACCAACAAACUAACCUCAGGCGUAACAUGUCACAAACGCAAUCUUGCAGAUAAUCCUUUUUGGUUGAUCGAAACAUUCUGUAUCAUCUGGUUUUCCUUCGAAGUGAUGGUCCGAUUCGCCUCUUGUCCAUCCAAAGCGAUGUUCGUCAAGGAUAUCAUGAAUAUCAUCGAUAUCGUGGCGAUUUUGCCCUAUUUCAUCACCCUGGCAACCCGCGACGAGGACUCGAAAGAAAUGGAUAAGAACAAGGACAACUUUGAACAAGAAGAAGACACGAACAAGUCGAUGUCACUGGCGAUUCUGCGCGUAGUGAGGCUCGUCCGCGUUUUUAGAAUUUUCAAAUUAUCGAGGCACUCAAAAGGUCUCCAAAUUCUUGGACAAACGCUCAAGGCCUCCAUGAGAGAGCUUGGUCUGCUAAUAUUCUUCCUUUUUAUUGGAGUUAUUUUGUUUUCUUCGGCUGUUUACUUCGCUGAAGUAGAUUCCGUCGAUCCAAAAUCGCAGUUUAAUUCGAUUCCUGAUGCGUUUUGGUGGGCAGUCGUGACGAUGACCACUGUUGGCUAUGGUGACAUGCGUCCCGUAACCGUUGCGGGCAAAUUCGUUGGCGCCCUGUGCGCUAUCACCGGUGUCUUGGGAAUUGCACUUCCAGUGCCGGUCAUCGUUUCGAACUUCAAUUACUUCUAUCAUAGAGAAACGGAAGUCGACCAGGAUACUCAAGUUCAUAAUACGACAAUGAAGAUGCCUUCUUGUCCAAAUUGGUUUCCUUUCUUCAACAAAAAUGGACCCGAAAAUACCUCUUUAUCUGAUGGAAUCGACCUUGACGGAGAGCCGUUUAUUCGUGGAAGAAUAAGGGACAACCGAACAAACCAAGGGCUAGAAUUGCCAAGCGAAACAGAUGUCUAA